GCCACUUCGACGCUCCUUUCCUCGGUCGAGCUCACCUCAGCUCAGCUCCGCUCACCAUCACCAGCGCGCGCCGAGGGAGGGCGGAGAAAAAUCUAGCUAGCUUCCCCUGCAGAGCCCAUCGAGCACGCAACGCAAGCAACCCGCGCGGCCGGCGCGCCCAACGCCACGACACGUGCUAAGGCGAGGACAGGCGCCAUGCUCCACCUGCUCCCGCUCUCCCUCUCCGCCCAGUGCCGGUGCGGCGGCCCACCGUCGCGCCGCCGAUUCGUCGGAGGCGGCUCACCUUCCCAGAGAAGCGGGCCGGGGAUCCUCGGCAACGGAGUUCGCGUCAGGCUCCGGAGGCGGGCGCUCGGCGGCGGGACAGACGUCCAGCCGGACACCCCGUCGUCGCGCCGGGAUGGGGAUGAGCGGCCGCACGCAGAUGCCGGACAGGAGGACGACGGCGGUGGCGAAGCGCUCCUGGACUCAGUAAGGAAGCUGUUGCUGAUGGAAGAGGAAGACACGACACCAGGGGAGGAAGAGGGCCAGGGGCAGUUCCCCAAGCGCUGGGCCAUUGUCUUCCUCUGCUUCUCCGCCUUCCUACUCUGCAACAUGGACCGGGUAAACAUGAGCAUUGCCAUCAUGCCCAUGUCCGCGGAGUACGGCUGGAACCCACAAACCGUCGGCCUCAUCCAGUCCUCCUUCUUCUGGGGCUACCUCCUAACUCAGAUAGCUGGAGGGAUAUGGGCAGACAAAGUUGGGGGCAAGACUGUUCUUGGCUUUGGCGUCAUUUGGUGGUCCGUCGCGACAGCUCUUACGCCUGUCGCCGCAAAGCUGGGCUUGCCAUUUCUCCUUGUUGUGCGUGCUUUCAUGGGAGUUGGUGAGGGAGUUGCCAUGCCUGCAAUGAAUAAUAUCCUUUCAAAAUGGGUUCCUGUAUCAGAGAGGAGCAGAUCACUGGCACUAGUCUAUAGUGGAAUGUACCUUGGGUCAGUGACAGGACUUGCAUUUUCCCCAUUCCUGAUACAUAAAUUUGGGUGGCCAUCAGUCUUCUAUUCCUUCGGCUCUCUAGGGACCGUUUGGUUCGCAACGUGGGCGGCCAAGGCUUAUAGCACUCCACUUGAGGAUCCGAGCAUUAGUGCCAAAGAAAAGAAGCUCAUCAUUAGUCAAACCACAUCAGGAGACCCUGUUACAACAAUUCCAUGGGGAGUAAUAUUGUCAAAACCGCCUGUUUGGGCUCUUAUAGCUUGUCAUUUUUGUCAUAACUGGGGAACUUUCAUCUUGCUCACAUGGAUGCCUACAUACUACAACCAGGUUCUGAAAUUCAACCUCACGGAGUCCAGCCUUUUCUGUGUCCUUCCCUGGCUAACGAUGGCGAUUUCUGCAAAUGUUGGUGGCUGGAUUGCAGACACACUUGUUAGUAGAGGAACAUCAGUGACAACAGUUCGCAAGAUCAUGCAAUCAAUUGGAUUCUUAGGGCCAGCCUUUUUCCUCAGUCAACUGAGCCAUAUCGAUUCGCCCGCACUGGCGGUCUUGUGCAUGGCCUGUAGCCAGGGAACCGAUGCAUUUUCGCAGUCUGGUCUGUACUCGAAUCAUCAAGAUAUUGGUCCUAGAUACGCUGGUGUACUACUUGGCCUCUCCAACACAGCUGGGGUUUUCGCUGGUGUAUUUGGCACAGCAGCAACAGGAUACAUCUUGCAGCACGGUUCUUGGGACGAUGUCUUUAAAUUGUCUGUAACUCUUUAUCUCAUCGGGACUGUUAUAUGGAAUGUAUUUUCAACUGGCGAGAAAAUUAUCGAUUAAUAUGUGUAAUAUAGCCUACUUACGGUUCAAGAUAACAAGCACAUCUCGGCUGACUACUUAUCCAGCUAGUAGAUACAGCCCCGGAGGAUCCGAUUCAUUUUGGGAGCUCAAACACCUUGAAAGCAAGCAAUCACGCAAGCAGACUGCCAGCUCUAAUAUGUAGCUGCUCUGGUACAACAGAGGAACCAUCUUCCCAUUCAAACUGCACAUAAUUCAGGAUCUUACUUCUGAAACUGAGCAUGGACUGAGCUGAGGAGCGCUCAAUGGCCGGCUGUAUAGGGAUGUAUAGUGUGCAAGUGAUUAUAGGUAUCCUGUACAUAUUCAUCAUACACACAUAGUGUUUUUGACCUGCGAACCUCUUCUCAGUUUUGAAUAGAUCAUUCUGUAAUACACCAUCGUAGUUUAAUUUGGUUUCCGCUUUCCAGGUUAAUUCAGGAUCAUACUAACAUGAAUGUACUGAACACCUUGAUGAGUAUUUGCUGCUUAGUUUGGUUUA